AUGUCCACACUAAUAGACGUCUGCGGGCCCCUAUCGCCGCCGUCAACGCCACCGUUGAUGGACCUCAAAAUUGAGUUGCCGCUGAAGAAGGCCGCCGUGAAGAGAGCGCGCGAGUCGCCGCCCGCCGGGCUGGUGACGCCGCAGCCCUCGGACUCGGAGGGCGAGGACGAGUGCAGCAAGCGCUCCCGGUGCGAGCUGGCGCGGCUGCUGCUCACCACGCCGCCCCCCGAGCCGUGCGGCCGGCCCUCGGUGAUCAUGCGCGCGCACAAGGACGGCACCUGCAGCCCGGAGCCGCUGCCGCCGCCACCGCCCGACAUGAACAUCCUGAAGACGCUCAAGUUCAAAAUGAACCGCGGCCACAGCUACUCGCAAGCAAAAUACAUCGCGAGCCAGGCGCAGACGCCCACGGUGGAGACGCGCGCGGCGCCGGCCCCGCCCGAGGCGAAGGAGGCUCGGGUACCCGCGCCGCACCCGGGCAGCGUGACAGCGCACGCCGCUCCCCACCCGGUCGGCGUGACGCAGCACGCCGCGCCCCACUCGGUUAGCGUGACGACGCACGCGCCGCCGCAGCAGGGAAGCAGGCCCACAGCGGCGGCGGCACCCGGCUGGGUGCCCCUGGCGCCGCGGCCGCCGCCCGCCGUCCUGGUGCCGAGCGGCCUGCUGCCCGCCGCCGCCCUGUGGCUGGUGGCGCCCGCGCCCGCCGCCCGCCGCCGCCUCUACGAGUGCUCGCACCCCGGCUGCGGCAAGAACUACUUCAAGUCGUCGCACCUGAAGGCGCACGCGCGCACUCACACGGGCGAGAGGCCGUUCCGCUGCGCGUGGCCCGGCUGCGAGCGGCGCUUCUCUCGCUCAGACGAGCUCUCGCGCCACAAGAGGACGCACACCGGCGAGAAGAAGUUCGGGUGCCGCGUGUGCAGCCGCCGCUUCAUGCGCUCCGACCACUUGGCCAAGCACGUGAAGAGGCACGCCAAGGAGCGCGUGCCGCCGCCGCUGCUCAAGCUGCUGCCCAGCCCGCCGCUGCCCGUCCAGCCCACCGCGCCCCCCGCGCAA